ACCACGGCUGGUUCCAUCGCAGCAAUUGCACUUGGAACACAAGGCCCUGCGUGUGAAGGGGCAGAAGGAACGCUGCCAGAACGCUGUGAAGUAACGUACCAUUAGUGGUUAAUGGUACAGACAGUUCUGCGAAGGUGUGCUCGCAGAACGGUGAAUGGGCUUGGCAUGAUCCCUGCAUUUUCUGUUUUGUUUCAGGAAUGCAGUAAAAAACAGAAAAAUGAUGAUACACAAAGCACAUCUGUUGAUGCAUUGAGUUCAGACGAUGGCUUUGAAGAGAAAAAUGAGUUUGAUACAUUGGCUAAUGCUAAAAUACUCCUUAGCGACUGCUUAGCUUGUGACAGUUGUAUGACAUCGGAAGAAGGAGCCAGAGUUUUCCAACAGAAUCAGAAGGAGUUCUUUCGUGUUCUCAACCUUAAUAAGAAAUGUGAUACCUCAAAACACAAAGUGUUGGCAGUGUCUAUAUGCCCUCAGUCAUUGCCUUAUUUUGCUGCUAAAUUCAACCUCUCUGUGAAUGAAGCAGCCAAGAGACUCUGUGGUUUCCUCAAAAGUCUUGGGGUGCAUUAUGUAUUUGACACCACUAUAGCUGCAGAUUUCAGUAUCCUGGAGAGCCAGAGGGAAUUUGUGCAGCGGUACCAGCGGAGGAACCAGGAGGAACAUGCCUUACCAAUGUUUGCCUCUGCCUGCCCUGGUUGGAUCCGAUAUGCUGAAAGGGUGCUCACCAACCUGGUGACCUCUCACAUUUGCACUGCAAAGUCUCCCCAGCAGAUCAUGGGCUCCCUAGUGAAGGGCUACUUUGCCAGGCAGCAGAACUUGUCUCCUGAUAAAAUUUUCCAUGUAGUUGUGGCGCCUUGUUAUGACAAAAAGCUGGAAGCCUUGCGGGAAGAUUUCUACACUGCCUUGUACAAUUCCUCAGAAGUUGAUUGUGUCCUGACAUCAGGUGAAAUUGUCCAAAUAAUGGAACAGAGAAAUGUGUCUAUGAAAGAUGUGCCUGAAGUAGCUGUAGAUAGUUUGUUUGCUGACAUAAAGGAGGGAGAUGUAGUAAGGCACGAUGGGAAGAGGUCUGAUGGUUACCUGGAGCACAUUUUUAAACAUGCUGCAAAGGAGCUUUUUGGCAUGGAUGUCAAGGAAAUCACCUACAAAGCAUUAAAGAACAAGGACUUCCAAGAAGUUACCCUUGAAAAGGAUGGGGAGACAGUGCUGCGCUUUGCAGCAGCUUAUGGCUUUAGAAAUAUCCAAAACAUGGUCCUGAAGUUGAAAAAAGGAAAGUUUUUGUACCAUUUUGUAGAAGUCCUUGCCUGCCCAGGAGGGUGCCUAAAUGGCAAAGGCCAGGCCCAGACUGAGGAUGGCAAGCCAGACAGAGCCCUGCUUGCCCAGAUGGAGGAGGUGUACGCUGCCAUUCCUGUCCGGCUGCCAGAAACCAACCUGCACGUACAGAAGGUGUACCAGGACUGGCUGGAGGGCAUGGACUCCAAGAAGGCCCAGGAGACUUUGCACACCACAUACAGUGCAGUGAAUCAAAGCACGAGCAGUUUGGACAUCAAGUGGUAACAGAUGAGAGGGCAGAGCUGUGCUGAGCUCUGGGGUCACCACGGGGACCCUCUAUGCAACCGCGGACACGGAGCACCAGCCAGGGGGAGUGAGGCACUGCCCAGCUGGGGGCUGUUCCUGGGGAAGAACCAUUGCUUUGCAAAACCACAGAAGUCUCCAAAAGCUCUGGUUCCUGCCACUGUCAUUGAACUUUUACUGUGUGUCGUUUCAUGGAUUUCUUCAUUCAAAAACGUGAUCUCGCAAGGUCCAGAAGCCCUUUGGGAGUGUAAUUCCUGAAGAAGUUACUCCCUGGAGUGAAGCAUUCCAUUCACUUCACAGCAUGGGCUCCUCCAAGAGGGUGAGAUGAUUUUACUCCUACUCCUAGGUGUGCAAUCCCUGUCAUCACAGGAGAACAGUCCACAGGAAUUUCAGUAUUGUUGCAGUUGGUGUGAAGUAACUUGGGAUUUACUUGCCUGGCUAAGGAAAAAGCCCUUUAAAAGGACAAGUGAGUACAUGAAGAGAUGUAAUGAAUUUCUAUAUGCCUUGUAUCUGUAAUUCAGCAAAAAAAUACUCAGUUCCAAACUAGCCACCAUUCCUUCCUGAUGUAAUGUCACAGGAUGCUUCACAGACACUGAACCUGGGAAGCUAAUGCUGACUGGUUCAUUUAAAAUAGCUCCAAAUAGGUCGGUUGGUUGGUAAAAAAAGAGAACUUACUUUAAGUUGUCUUCAAAGCUUGCAGCCAGGAGGACUGGUGCUGCUUGGCUUCUCUCUGAGAGUGAAACAUGCCCAGAUUGUUCUUUCAUUUGUCUCCCAUGUUGACAGACUUCUGCAAAAAAUAACUUCCUGGGGUGCCUCUGAGAAAAAAAGUCCUGAGCAAUGCUUGUGAACUCUUCAGAGUUAAGAUACAUCAGCAUCAUGAAUUUUGGUGCACUUAUUUUUCUAAGUAUGCUGUAGAGGUUUCAUUUAACAGACACUGUAAAGUGCUCUUGGCAUGCAAGCUUGUCUGCAGUGUCCUGAGUUGUCAGAGGGUUGUUCAAGAAUGUGAUGGACAAAAGAAAAUUAAACUCCUGCCAGACUUCCUCAGAUUUUCCUGGUAACAUCCAAUCUGUUCACCAUUAAUGGCUGUUUGAAACUAGCAAAGUUCCACCUUUCCCUGUCCAGCCUGAAAGGGUGGAUGGGCUUUUUUAAUCAUUUCAUUAAUCUUCUUGUACAUUCAGUAUUGCAAGAGCUUGUGUGAGGAAGGUCUAAUCCUGCAAAAACCUGUGUUUGAAAUCCACAUUUCACCUGAACCCAGUGGAUGGGAUGAAGCAGCAGGGAAGGCAGUGCAAGUCCUGGCAUUGGCUGAAAAGGAGAGAGACACUCAAGUGUCACCCUGAUGACAAGAAAUAAUUCUCUUAAUGUGAAGCUGUUAAUAAUUGCAGCCUCCACCUAAACAAGAAACCAUUGCACUUGGAGGGAUGUUUUCUUUCAAGUGCAGAUGAAUUUGAUUAGUGCACUACCUGAAUGCACACCAUGAGAUUAUCCCCAGGAAUUAGCCCGAGGUGUCCCUUGUAAUAAAAACGUGGUACUUACGUGGUGCAAUAUCAGAACAUCACCAGAAAUCUACCUCUGUACAGGAAGGGAGGCCAGAGGGCGUGGGAAGACCUGUGUGUGUAGCUGGAACUGUGACAAAUGUCUGCUAGAGAAAGAUGGGGUGUUGCAUGACAUUUGGGAACGGAUUUCUUUUAGAAGCAACAUCCACCUCCUUCAGUCUGAUUUUCUUUAUCUGCCACGAUUUCCUCCAGAAACUCCAACGGAAUUAUCCUGUACUAAGGUGUCCUGUUCUGUUUGUAUAGGCCUGUUUCUCUGUAUAUAUGGUUUGUAGCUGGAUGCAUGUUUAAAUUAUACGGCUUCUGCUCUUUGUACAGUGUGCUUAUUUUUUUAUGUGCAUAUACUGGGUGAAGUGGUAUGAAAAAGUGUGAAAUCUUCACU